GAGUUGUUCCCGGCGCGGGGGGAGAUACGAGCUGCCAUUUUAUUUUUUUCCCUUUAGCCAUCGAACCCUGUUACCGAGCGAGUAGUCAUGGCAGAGGAUACCGCGGCCGUCCCGCCUGAAACUAACAAGGUAGAAGAUACUCCGGCGCCUUCCACAUCAGCCGACAAAGUUGAGGGAGAUGAUGCGGAUUGUGAAGCAAAGAAACUUAUGGGCGCAGGUCACAGGCAUCUGGUGAUGAAGGAUAUACGUUCUGCGGUGGCUGCGUUUCAGGAAGCCAGUGGCCUUUUAGCAAAAAAAUAUGGCGAUACAGCUGACGAAUGUGCCGAUGCCUUCUUUUCUUAUGGAAUAAGUCUUCUUGAAUUGGCGCGCAUGGAGAAUGGAGUGUUGGGUAACGCCUUGGAAGGAAUGCCAGAAGAAGAGGAUGGAGAUGGUGAGAAGGAGGAUCCUAAUAUCCCCAGUGCCGCUAACCUGGACGAGAAAGAAAGGGAUGAGUUGAGAGAGCAGGUAUAUGAUGCUAUGGCAGAAGAUGAAAAGCCUUCAAGUGAAACAAAAGGUGAAGGGGAAAGUGACCCGAAAGCUGAAGGAAAUGGGAAAUGUGACACCAAAACAGAAGAAAAGGCUGCUGAAGGUGAUGUUGAAAUGGAAGUGUCUGAGAAGGAAGCUGAAGAACCCAGUGCGGAAAAGGAAAAAGCAGAAAAGCCUGUGGACGCCGAAGAGAGUGAAAAGGCUGAGGCGCCCAAGGUGGCUGAGACUAAAGAUGAGUGCAUGGAUGAGAAAGUGGAUAAGCCCGAGGAAGGUAAAGUGUCAGAUGGGAAAAGUGAGGUGGCGGAGGCUGACUCGACAGAAAUGAAAGAAGAGAAAUCUGAAGAUAAAAGCACGGACGAAGCUUCAGCCAAGCCUGCAGAAACUUCUCCUUCAAAAGAAAAAUCAGAUGGUCAAGAGAAGGAGAAACCUGGUGAAGAGAAGGAGAAACCUGGUGAAGAGCAAACUGAGGACCAAGAACAGAUGGAAGGUGAAGAAGAUGAUGGUGAUGACUCCGGUGAUGAUGGUGAAGACAACGAGGAAACAGAAGAAAAGGAGACUGAAGAUGAUGAGGAUGUUGGGAAUCUGCAGCUGGCCUGGGAGAUGCUGGAUUUGUCAAAGGUCAUCUUUAAAAGGAAAGAUACCAAGGAAGCUCAGUUGAAGGCAGCUCAAGCACAUCUAAAACUUGGAGAAGUUAGUGUUGAGUCAGAGAACUACUCCCAGGCGGUGGAAGACUUCUUGGCAUGCUUAAACAUACAGAAAGAACAUCUAGAGGCACACGAUCGACUUCUUGCAGAGACUCUCUACCAGCUGGGCUUGGCCUAUCAGUACAAUGGCAGACACGAGGAUGCCAUCUCUCACUUCACUCAAUCCACGGAGGUGAUAGAGAAAAGAAUGGCUUUACUUUCAGAGCAAAAAGAAAAGGCUGAGGAAGUCCAGAAGGAGAUGGAUGAGCUGAAAGGUUUACUUCCUGAUAUCCGAGAGAAGAUCGAGGAUUCAAAAGAAGCUCAGAAAUCUCCCCUAACAGAAAUUGCACUUAAGGAGACUCUGGUUAGUGCUGCAGGGUCUUCAGGCUUUUCCAAGGAAAAUGGAAGCACUUCUGCUGCCCCUGUUGAAAAGAGCGGUGGUGACUGCACCGUACCUGUUACAAACUGCGUCUCUGACAUCUCUCAUCUUGUGAGGAAAAAGAGAAAACCUGAAGAGAGCCCCCUGAAGGACAGCGAAGCCAAGAAAUCCAAGCAGGAGGCUGUUGAAAAUGGAGACGCAGUAGUACCUACAAAUGAAGAGGCAGAUAAAGCUGAGGCGGAGAAACCAACACCAAUGGAGACGGCGGCAGUGGAGACCACAGCAUAAUCAAAUCUAGUUACUUAUUCUUGUAUAUAAAUGUAUUUUCUGCUUUUUGUUGAAAGUGUCUUUUUGUAAAAGAAAUAAAGUUGAAACGUAAAAA